AUGGAUUUUCAGUCCAAAGGUCAGGCAGGGUUUUUUGGCAACUUGGACAUGAAGGCGUUCAAGGUCCUGUUUGUUCUCCUCCUGACGGCCUCAGCAGUGGACAGUCAGUCUUUCCACACCGGCAAAUGUCCCCAGCCGUCUGUUCAAGAGGAUUUUGACGUGACAAAGUAUAUGGGCACUUGGUAUGAAAUCGAGAAGCUGCCAGCAAUGUUUGAAAGAGGAAAAUGUAACCAGGCUACGUACACUCUGCUCGCUGAUGGGACGGUCCAAGUUUAUAAUUCAGAGCUGCUAUCUGAUGGAAAGAUAAAUUCAAUUAAGGGUGUCGCCUCAAUUAAAAACUCAUCUCAACCUGCUAUUCUGGAUGUCAGCUUCUUUAAAGGUCUUCCACACAGUCCAUACUGGGUGCUCUCCACAGACUACCAGUCGUUUGCUCUGGUGUACUCUUGCAUUGACUACUAUGGCCUUUUCCAUGUUGAUUUUGCCUGGAUCCUGGCUCGCGCUCGGGCAUUAACUGAGGACGUCAUUGGCCAGUUACAUAAUGAGCUGACCGCUGCUGGUGUCAACACAAACCGCCUCACAGUCAGUAAUCAGACUGGAUGUGAUGUCAUGACCAAAGGACCGAGGUCAUUUGAGGUGAACCGUUUUAUUGUGAAGGACGUGGCACGGAAGUGUUGA